AAAGCGACCAAUGGGAAAAGCGUGGCUAGUUUAAAAACGCGCCUGCGCGGUCUCUUGAUUGUUUAGUGCAAGUUUCGUAUCAAAACAUCAUCAAUACUUUGUCGAUGAAAACUCAGCUGUAAAGCAACUAUUUUUCAGAUAAUAUGUCGAGCAUCCUUUUUGAACAAGAAAAUGCUCGCCCUCAGCCAACGGGCUUGAGACAGCGGCUGCAGUCAGCUCCAGGUAAACUGAGAACAUCUGCUGGUGCCAAAAAUGUCCAUGCUCCUCAGCCUGGACGAAAAGCUUUGGGGACAGUCAACAAAGUACCCAAUAGUACCCAAUCUAUACAUAAUGUACAUAAACAGCUGAAGCCUCAGGAAACACCGGUGAAGGUUAUUCUAAACAAAUCAGACAAGUAUCCAGAUAUUGAGAAAUUCAUCCCGUAUGACUGCUUGGAAUUUGAGAAGUACUCUCUUCCUGAGGAUUUGCUCCCUCUGAGUAAGCUUGCUCUUCCUGGACUGGCUGAGUUGCCACAACCAAGUCUUCCUGAUGAAUCGCUCAUGUUAAUUCCUCUUGCUGACAUGUCUCCAGUUAAAAUGCCAAGACAAUUGGAUUUCUGCUCAGAGUUUGACUUUCUUCACACACUGGAUGAACUGAUUGUAGACUUUCCUCCAGAAUCUGAUCUCUACUAAGAAUGAAUUGAUGUGUGCUUUUACUUGUUUUUGUUGAAUAAAUUUUACUUUACUGUUUUUUGUUUUUUAAAUGUAACUUCCUGGUUCAAAGCCCAUACAGUGGUCACGUGACUCAAUCUUUGCACUGGUUUUGCUGAUUACACUGAACUUUGUCUCAGUUCCUCUUGAGAAGGGAAGCUGUCAUUAAAGUUAUAUUCUUUGCUCUGUCGA